CGGAGAACAGAAUUUUUUCAGUGAGAGAGAGACAAAGACAGAGAAAAACAGUUUCGUAAAACAAAUUCCUGGUAGUAACUCCUCUGUUUUCGUCAUUUCUGGUACUAUCAAAAUAUCAGUAAUAGUGAUUUACAAAUCAGAGUGGAUUGGAACUUUACUCAUUCUGUGCACACACACUUUGGAAGUAUUUAACAUUUCUUUGAUUAUCUGUCAACUUUACUCAAGUUUGCAUCAUUUAUUAUUAUAAUCAUCAACCAGCGAAGUGGCUACAAGUCCUUCACUGUACACAUCUUCAAAAUCACCAAAGCUAUUCAAGGCAAGAAGGCAUAAUUCUAGAAUCAAGGAAAUAUUAGGCACUUCCAGUAAUUAAUAUUAUUAUUAUUCCUCAAUGUUAUUCAGUUCAGCAUCGUUUAUUGUUACACAUUCAAUAUAUAGACACUUGUUAGUAUUAUUUCUGUAUUAUGCGGCUAAUUGUGUCAAAGGAAUCACUGGAAAUUGUGAAACAGCUCAAUCUGUAAUCAUAUGUACUAAUGAAUUACCAUCUAGUCAGUUUCUAAAUAAUUUGACUGGGAAAUAUGAAUUAAUCAUUAAAAGUGUUAAAACAAAAUUAAACAUAAAAUCCUUCGAAAAAUAUCAAGGCGCAAAGAUUACACGUUUACAAAUUGAAAAGUCAACGUUAUUCUCUAUUGAACCGAAAUUUUUUGCAACAUUCAGCGGUGAUAGUCUGGAAAGAUUAUCCCUUAGUAAUGUCGACGGAACAUAUCGACUAGAUGCACAGUCGCUAGCUGGUCUUAGUGAAAAACUUAAAUUCCUACGAAUAAACGAUCAUAAUUUGAAUAUUAAUAAUAAUAUUGAUGAUUUUGUUAUACUCAAUAAACUGACAAGUCUGUAUCUUGUACGUACCCAAUUGACCAGUUUACCCGAUAACUUUAAACAAAUGUUAACACAUUUAGAAGAUAUUAAUCUAUCUGAAAAUAUGUUAACUUAUAUGCCGUGGAAAUCAUUAGCUGAACGUAUACAAAAUGACCAGUUUUUGAAAAUUCAGUUGGGUAAAAAUUUAUGGCAUUGUGAUUGUGGUAUAAAACCUUUAGUUGAAUUAAAACCAGAAGCAAAAGCCAAAAUUUAUGAAUUUCGUUGCCAUACGCCAGAAAAUUUAAAAUCACGUGAAUUAUCUGGAUUAGCUGUUGAAGACAUCUGUUCAGAGGAGUUGAGUAAUUCAGGCGGAUUGUCUGGCGAUUUCACAGGAAGCUACAAUGAAAAUCAUGGUGGAUUCGAUAAUUACAAUAAUCCUACGGGACAGAAUUAUCCAGGGAAAAGUAGUAACAUAGAUGAUGUAUCGUCUGGAAAAGAUCUGAAACCAGUCAAUACACGUGGUCAGAAUGACCAGGUGCUGAGUACAGCUGGUGGUUUAUCCACUGAAAUGAUAACUGUCAUAGUCGCUGUUAUUGCUGUUGUCCUCGUUGUCAUCAUUGCACUCAUUGCCUAUUCUGUGCGUAAACGUUCACAACGCAGAAAACAACAAGAAAGAAAUCUGGGAGUUUCACACAAAACUAAUUCAUACUGUGCUGUCAUUGAACACAAUCCAUCGAGUCGUAUGCAGAGUGAAAAGCAAGUCUCUUCGCAUUCCCCGUAUAACAAUCAUUCACGUGGUAUGUCACAGCCGGAGAAAGAACCAUUAGCUCCUGGUUACAAUAACUACAGAGAUGGACGAUUAUAA